AUGGCCGCUAUGGUAGCUCUUUGCAGUGGGCUAGGGAAGAGAAAGUUGAUGCAUUUUGCAACAGCUGUUGUCUGCCUCACAAAUCCUGGGACUCAUGCAGUGCUGUGGAGAAGAAGUUGUUCACAAUAUAAACAGGUAACCAGCAACGGGGACCUGCUCUUAUCCCAGUUUAUUUCUCCAUUUACUGGAUGCAUUUAUGGAAUGCACAUAACAGGUCUUUGUGGGAAGAAACAAAAAGAAAUCACAAAAGUAAUUAAGAGAGCUCAAAUAUUGGGGUUUAUGCCAGUUAUAUACAAGGAUCCUGCCUAUCGUAAAGACCCUAAAGUUUGUAACAUCAAAUACAGGGAGUAA